AUGGGGUCUUUGGAAGCCGCACCUAGGCACAGAGACCCUUUACCAGCAAUAGGUUUUCUAGGGAAAGACGGAUCUGGAUACACAUCCAGACACCCUUCGAGUGCCACUUCUUCUCCAACUCCUCUGAUGAGUCCGAACGCCAUGUAUGGACAAUCGCUACCUUAUUCCUACGCGAAUGCACCUCCAGGCUACAUCUCGUCGCCGGAGGCACGUCGCGCCAUCGAAGAAGAGAAAGAAAAACACAACCCAAGACAGUCCCUCCCGUCCAUCCACGAGGCCCUCGGUGACAAUCCUCUCCCAUACCCUGCGUCUACCUCCGCUCCACCACCCCCAUCCGCACACCCUGCGCCUUCACAUCUCAUCGGACGACCGAGCGCAGAAGGUCCAGCAGGUCCACCAAAUCCCUUUUCGACUGGACCGACAGGAUCCUUGAUGCGGGAACCCGGUUUCCCCCAUCAAGCUCAGUUACAGGAUGCAUCGCGCUCCAAUCUCGCCUCCAUCAACACCGAUUCACGCAACCCUUCACUGCACUCCAUCAGCACGGGCAAGUCCCCUACGCAAAGCGUCAACACAACCAACACCUCGGUUGGUUCGCAAAAUUCAGGGUAUGAGUACAGUGCGCCAACCUCCGCCGGUAGUGUGGCUUCGCCCAACGGUUACGGCCAUUUCCCUCCCAAUUACUCGUUCCAACCUCAGUCUGGCCACUCAUAUCCUCCCCCCUACGACAAUCGCACCUACAUGGGCGCACCGCGGGUGGAAGAAGUCAAGGGUGGAUUUGUGGGUCGACCAGGUCCUCCCCAUAACGACUCUGCCAAACGGCAUCUGGAUGUCUAUGAUGUGGAGUCAUCUUUGAAUGAGAUCGCUGAAUUGAGUACGCGAACCCUAGACUUUUCACGGCACUACGCGGCUCGCGCACAUCAGACGCAGAGAUCUGGCCCAUUAUUAGGGUCCCUCCCCUCGCUAAAUGAAGUGGAGGAUAUGCUUCACAUGCAACGGCGGAACCAAGAUGCCCUGAUUCGGAUACGUACAGCCGUGGUGAACCAAGAACAGGCUCUUGCCGAGCAAAUGGCUCAGCGAAAGGCAUUCAAGACUGAAGAUGACCACAUGGCGAUGUACCAGGAAGAAUUCAAAGGCACCGGCGGGUUUGCAGGCGCAGACCCAAAGAAACGGCGUGGAAAAGCGGCCCCUCCUGGACGUUGCCACAGCUGUAACCGAGCCGAAACACCAGAAUGGCGUCGGGGCCCUGAUGGGGCCCGGACGUUGUGUAACGCCUGCGGUCUACAUUACGCCAAGCUCACUCGCAAGAUGGGCGCUCACAAGGCGGCAAGCCUGGGUUCAAAUCUGAAGCCCAAGUCGGUUCUUGACUCCGCCUCACCAACCAGUCAUUAA